AUGGAAUCACAAAAUACGACGGGUGGAUCACACCUUCCAGAUGUUUUAGAAGGUAAAAUGGUUGCUAACGAUCAAAGUGAAAAUGCUAGCAAGAUAAGGAAUGUUCCUACCAACAGUGAAGAUGAUAAUGAUGGGAAUGAUGAGGAAGAAGAUGAUGAGGAAGAUCAUAUUUAUAUUAAUGAGGAAACUGAAUCAGGUAGGGAGAAAAUACUCAUAUCACAUGCUCCUCAAGAACGUAUAGUGCCACCUUUAAAUUUUUGCCCCGUUGAGAGGUACCUUUAUAGGUCGGGACAACCAUCACCUGUAAAUUUCCCAUUUUUGUUAAAUUUAAAUUUAAAGACAAUUAUUUGGUUAGCGAAUGAAGAACCUCAGGAUACUUUAUUAGAAUUUUGUGAUAGUUAUAAUAUUUCUUUACAAUUUGCAGCAAUUAACCCAGAUGGUGGCGAAGAUGAUAAUCCGUGGGAUGGUCUUACGGAACAUUCAAUCAUUAAUGCUCUACAGACAAUCGUUGAUAGGAAAAAUUACCCUUUGUUAGUAUGUUGUGGUAUGGGUAGACAUAGAACAGGUACAGUGAUAGGUUGUUUAAGAAGAAUUAUGGGAUGGAAUUUAGCAAGUGUCUCGGAAGAAUAUAGAAGAUUUACAGGUAGUAGAGGUGGUAGAAUCCUUGUAGAAUUACUUAUUGAAGCAUUUGAUACAAAGAUUGUAGAAAUAGCGAAAGAUGAUGCACCUGCAUGGCUAAUAACGGCAUUGAAUGAAUGA